UGGGACGUGCGCUUUCCUGCGCAUGCGGGAUGACGGCCGCUGGCCGGGCGGGGAAGCGUGGCCAGUUGGGAGAGGCAGAUUACCCGUGCGGCCGGGGACGCUUUCGUCGGCGGGGAAUGGGUGCUGCUACCAUGAGGUUGAAUCAGAACACCUUGUUGCUGGGGAAGAAGGUGGUCCUGGUACCCUACACCUCAGAGCACGUGCCUAGGUACCACGAGUGGAUGCAAUCAGAGGAACUGCAGCGUUUGACAGCCUCAGAGCCGCUGACCCUGGAGCAGGAGUAUGCCAUGCAGCGCAGCUGGCGGGAAGAUGCAGACAAGUGCACCUUCAUUGUGCUGGAUGCAGAGAAGUGGCAGACCCAGCCGGUCCCCACUGAAGAGAGCUGCAUGGCAGGAGAUGUGAAUCUCUUCCUCACCGAUCUAGAAGACCCCACCCUGGGGGAGAUUGAAGUCAUGAUUGCAGAGCCCAGCUGCAGGGGCCGGGGCUUCGGCACUGAGGCUGCUCUUCUGAUGAUGUCUUACGGAGUGAGCAAGCUAGGUCUGACCAAGUUUGAGGCUAAAAUUGGUCAAGGAAAUGAACCCAGCAUCCGGAUGUUCCAGAAACUUCAUUUCAAGCAGGUGGCUGUGAGCAGCGUUUUUCAGGAGGUGACGCUCAGACUGACCAUGAGUGAGGCCGAGCGGCAGUGGCUCCGGGCGCAGACCAACCACAUGGAAGAGAAGCCCUACAGAGACGGGUCCACAGAGCCCCACUGACAGCCAGGACUUCUGGGCAGCCACCCCGCAUGAGUGGAGCCAGAGCUUUGCACAGGAGUGCCCUCCAACCCACUCCAAACUGGAAGUCACCUUUUGGGGCCUUCUAGACUCAGGCCAGGGGUGCUGGGGCCUCCUCUGCAUUGGCAGUGGCCACACUGAUCUCUCCACCUGGCCAUACUGACACUGACUCAGACUUCCCUGGAGUAAGUGGCAGGAAUCCACUGGAAAGGUCAGGGUGGAGAUGGAGCUGGAGGGGCCAGGCCCACCCCUUCAAGGCCAGAGGCACCACCCUAGGGCUGAGGCCCUGACUGGGAGUAAAGUACUUGGUCUGGUUAGCUUGUUUUCUCAUUUGGCUUGCAGAAAAGAUUUCCCAGGA